GCUUCCCUCACGGCUCCGGGUCCCCGCACCCCGCCAUGGUUACCAGCACGGCGCCGCCGCCCUUCCUGGCUCGGAUCUCGGCGGGCACCGAAGAAGCGCGGCGGCUGCCGCCCGCUUUCCUGCAGCGCAUGAGGCGAGGGGACGGCGGCUGCGAAGAGCAGCCCAGCUGCCGCGCGGGGGGCGCCGCCAGGCCCGCGCUGAGAAGGGUCCGGCGGCGGAAAGGCAAGAUCCGGCCGGGCCCCGCGGGGCUCCUGCCCGGCCGCUACCAGCACUUGCAGCAGCACCGCGCCAGGAGGGGCCCGACCGACCUCCGCGCCCACACCGCGCCCGUGCCCCCCGAGGAGCCGCCCGCGCCCACCAAGCCCCUCAGGAAAGAGUUCUUUAAGAACAAGAUGGGAAAGACGGAGAAGGCUGCCGUCCCCUACAGUCAGCCUGUUCACGGUUUACAUCUGUGUGAACAACCAAAGAUUAACAGGCAGAAGGGUAAAUGUAAUGCACCGCUGACAAAGAUCGCCUCGGCAAACAAGAUAGAGAACUUUUGGCAAGAUUCUGUAUCACCAGAAAUAGUUCAGAAGCAGGAGAAAAAGCCACUUAAAAACACAGAGAACUUCAGAAAUGCCAAGUCCAAGAAACCUAUCGCCCUAUCUGAAGCGAGCCAAAAGGAAAAUUACGCUGGGGCAAAAUUCAGUGACCCACCAUCUCCUAGUGUCCUUCCAAAACCUCCCAGACACUGGGUGGGUGGCACGGCUGAACCGUCUGACCAAAACAAAGAGUUGAUGGCAGUCCAUUUGAAAACUCUCCUAAAAGUUCAAGCGUAGUUUCCACGAUCGCUUGAGUAAUUGGCAAAGAAAACUCCAUCCGGGAAACUUAAAACAUGCCUUGUUGCAACGAAAAUUGCAAAAGACUGUCAAGUCUUAUAAUCACAUUAAGAAACCCUUGUAUUAUAUUUUUUAUGGUCGUGUAAAUAGUGUACAUCAUGUAUUAUGUGUAUAUUCUUGUUCAUACUUUGAGAGGUACAUUUUAGUUUUGUUAUGAAAUGAUGUAUUUUGCACUGCCUGAAUGGUAGAUGUCUUGUAUAUAAAAUAUGGACAAUUUUAAGUGUGUGCUUGACACAUGAAGACUUGACUUGAUUUGCACAAGGUAAUGAAAAUUUUGAAAGGAGAGUACAGCUUUCUGUUUUUAAGGUUCCAGAUCAAAUGUGAAUGUUAUUCAUGCACUACUGACAAUAGUCUUACAUUAUGUCCCAAGCAAGUAUAAACAUGGAACUUUCAUACAAAUGUGAAGUUUUGCUUUCUGCUCUGGAAACUAUAUCUGGAAUUCCUGUUUAUCUGUUUGUUUUUAAAAUUAACUGGAAUUGGUAUAAAAUUCCAACCCAUCAAUUUGAGCACUGCUUAUUUCUUUAAAGAAAAAAAAUGAAAAAAAAAAAAAAGCAGAGCUUUCUGCCAAAAAUCCAAUUGGUCAUGAAAAAAUUAAAUAAAACAAUUUGGCCUCCCCUUAAGCAUGU